AUGGAUGACCCAGCACAAUGCACCAUACGGCGAUUAGGCGCCUCAUCUCUGCCCAUUUUCCUGCCGUGGCACCGGGAACACAAGCGCAUCCUCGCCUGCUUCGAUUCCUCUGCUGCCGAGCUGCAGAAUGGUCCUUGGAAACGAGCGUCGCCUUUCCAUCUCGGCGCCGCCUCAUCUCGCAUCUGCCAGGCGAGGCUGGAGGUUGGCGUCGGACGCGCCGUAGAAGGCCGCAGCGACUCGAACAGCCUGACGUCGGAGCAUUUCAGCGGGACCCUUGGUCUUUCGGUCGGAAACUCGCUUCUCAGUGCCGGAGUAAGCGCCAGCUACGACCAGCAGAUGCAGGAAGCAACAAAUGCGUCUCGAGCUUCGCACAACAGUCGACUCCGCUGCGGUCGCGUUGCGCUGGCAUCAGAUCCGCCUCUGUCUUCGGCAGCGAAGUCGCUGCUCCGUCGUGAGAAUGGACAGCAAUUAUUCAAGGAACUGUACGGCGACUACUACGUCGCUGGCUAUGUUCUCGGCGCAGACGCCGGGGGCUGUCUAUCAGCCACCAGCAGCGCUCGGCAGCAAGUGAAGACCAUGUCCACCACGGUACGGGUCAAGGCUCUGUGGGAGUCGUACACCAGCUCGACAUGCUCGACUGAGAGCCACCAGACGUACAGCAUGGAUCUGGCCUUUGACGCGUACGAUACCUUGGCCGGAACAAACGUGUCACUCCGCGCAAAGGCCGGAGAAAAAACAGACGAAAUCAGAGAAGCCGCCCUCCUCUACGCUCAGAGAUGGCAGGCUCUACACGAGAGGCUUGAGAGACGCAUUCACGAGAUGGGCUUGGAAGACUGCAGCUUGGGGCAGGUGAGCGAACAUUUGGACAUGAUCAAGGCAGGAUUGGUAGUGGAACUCAUCCUGACUCCGUUCCGAGCGCUUGGAGAAUACUCGCGAUAUCACACGACCCCUGUUGGAACCGCACUGCUUCUCACUGACGAGGAGCUUGCGGUGCUGUCAUUGAACGACCUGCAGGAGUACAGAGCCAGCGAGGCUAUUGCCCUCCAGAGAUUCAAUUCGAGAUGGAUCCGUAUCGACAUUGACUGGCCAUACCAUGACGAGAAAGAAAGGCUGGAGAAACUGCCGGAUACGGACCCCAAGAAGAAGCCGGCACUCGAGAAACUGCAGAAGAAAUACAAUGAGCAAAUCACCGCGCACAACAACAAGAAAGCAGCAGCCUGGACAGACGUACUGGAGGUGCUCAAGCGCCGCAAGAAUAUCUAUGUCCAGACAGCCAAGGCCGUGGAGCGAACAGCCGCGGAGAUGGAGGCCGAUUAUCGCAUCCCCCAAGCUGGACGAUGGAUCUCCUUUCCUAUAUGGAACAUGGAGGAGGCCAACGAUAGAUUCAACGGCAAGCCUGUGCCUAUCACAUGGACGGCCUCCAAUACGACAUUUACGGCGACGUACUACAAGACAACUUGCUGGUUUGGCAAGAUGGUCUACGACCGGGUGCCUGGCGAUGCGCUGGCUGGAGACUCGACCGAGGCUGCUGAGGAACAACGACCGAUUGCUGAGGACGAGGCAAUUGCUGAGGAAAAGUCUGCCGAGGAUAAGUCUGAUGAGCUGAAGCCCAAGAAGCCACCGGGCGGGAAAUCGACGACCGGGCCUGCUCGGGCCAACGUAAAGUUUCCCGCUCGAUCUGCGGCCCCAACAAAGACGUCCCCCAAAAAGGCGCCUUCAAGUGAAGCACAGAACUGGAAGGCCUCAGCCCGUCUUGAACCUUUUGGCGAGACUGACCUCUUCAUCGCCGCCGAGUUCAUCGAGCAGCGGUACCAAGGAGCUCCGCACCUGCGAGGCUUCCACUUGAAGGACAACUCCCCCGCCGGAACCAAGUGGGCUUACCUGCUCAUCGACCAUGCCCUCCACUACGGACAGGACGCCGAGCCUCCCACGCACCGCUAUCUCGUCUAUCACCCCUUCAUCCGGCCGCGCAACAUCCCGCAAAAGUCGUUUGCCGACAAUCUCAACGUGGCCAAGCUUCACAAGGCAACUACUGCUCUCGUUUCCAGUAAAUCUGCCCCCGUGUCAGUCGGAGCUGCGGUCGCAGAUGCCCUCGUUAGUAUAAUCGAGGCUCGGAACGCCCAUCCGCUGAGGAGAUUUCCAAAGUUCGAGGGAGAUCAGAGACUGUACAACGUCCCCGCACAGAUGGCAGACUGGGAAGUGCAGUGGAACAAGCAGGAGACGGCCCUGGCGCCCCAGAUCAGUUCACUCCGGAAGCAGCUCCAGCUGGAUCGGGACCUAGACAAUACGCUGCUGGCCGAUGUGCUCGUUGACGCUGCGGCUUUGGAGAGCGAGGAGCAGGCCGAAAAGACCGCGCAGGACAUCGCCGAUGUCCUUGAGGGCCUGGCCAGACCUGUCAAGAAGAAGGACUUUAUCAUCAAGACGAAUGGCCGCAGCAGGGUCAUUGCUGCUGACAUUAAUGCAAGGCUAGAGGCAGAAAAUCUGCGUGCUCAGCAGCAGCAGCAACAGCAGGUCGCGCCCAAUCAUGGACAGCAGUCCAUAUCAGACAUGCUCAAAGAUGGAUCGCGGAACGCACAGAAGGCCAUCGGCGCGCCAGAGAACAAGGAGCUUGGUACAGUCGUGGACUAA